UAAAUGCCAUGAAACAAAUUACAAUGAAAAAUUGACUGCUGGACGUCGUCCCUUAACGAUGAUGGAACAAAGAGUCGCUAGUGUGACUAGUGACGAGCAGUCGCCGCUGCGGUUGCGACGUGUCUUUGGAUUUAAGGGUCGCGUGAACGACACCCUGUUCCACCCGGCAACGGUGCGCGUUGCACCCCAGCAACUUUUGGUCUAUUUCGGUGGUGACAUACAGGACUACCCAGAAAUAAUGGAGGCACAUCACGAGAACUGUAAAUACGUGAAGUGGAACCUCGAGAACGUGGCUAAGAUGCUCAGGAACAACUUCCCGACGAAGCACAUACUCAUAGUUAGGCCAUCUAGGAUAGAAUACAAAAGCUUCAGUUGCUACGACAACUUCGUUCCCAGCAACAACGCCGGCGUGCCGGAACACACUCCCACUCACAAUGCCCUGCAACACCUGGAAAGAUUAAUAAAAUCGGUUGGCGAACGUUUGAAAGAUGUGUCGAGUCCUCCUCCUCCUUCGCUCCCAGAAGAAUCUCAACCAGAACAGCCCAAUAAAUAUUCGUGCAGCUCACCCGAUGAAGCCUCAACCAGCAGAGCGGACCGAGCCGGGAGUCUGGGGGACGCGAGAACCGCGCCUUCUGAAAGCCCCGUGUCCUGGGAUAAACUGUCCCUGGAAGGCAGUCGCGUGACCCUGGUCGGGUUCAGCAAGGGCUGCGUCGUGCUCAAUCAGAUGCUGUACGAGUUUCAUUAUACGAGUACGUUGACUCCCUCGGACUCAAAGGCGCUCAGGUUCAUAAAUCGUAUAGAAGCUAUGUACUGGCUGGAUGGCGGCCACGCCGGCGGGAAGAACACUUGGAUCACAGCUAGGGGGCUACUGGAAACCUUGUCUAGAUUAGAUAUGACCAUAUACGUCCACGUGAGCCCGUACCAAGUCAGGGACGAGAGCCGACCCUGGAUCGGGCGAGAGGAGAAAGCCUUCUCGACAUUACUUAAAACCUUUAGAGCGAGAAUACAUAGAUACAUGCAUGGCCGGUCGAAGUCCCCUCACUCGCUGGACAUGCAUUUCGAGGUGCUGGCCAACUUCAAGCAGGUCCAGGACCUCGACCCUCGGCAGCAGGACUCUUCAGACGAGGAGAUAUAAGUCAGCUACGUAUCAGGGCUCCGGACGCCGGCGACCUGAAGACGGGAGCUGGUAUUGGAAAAUUGUAAUCCAAGUGAUGACAUUUUUUAAUUGCUGAAAAAAAAACGACAAAUUGAGGGCGAUCUCUGAAAACUGGUCUAAUUAAUAAAUGCAUUGAAAAAAAUCUGUAUAAUUAACAAGAAUGGAUGAGUUGAGUGAUUUCAAAAUGCUUGGCAAUACUUCAUGUCGGUUGUAAAUUUAUUGUAUAGAUAGCUGUUUAGUAUGUAAUUAUGAUUUUAUUUAUUUAUUUAUUUUGUAUACUAUAACCUGUCUUUAGAUAUUUACGUGUAGUGUUAAGAAAAACAAUAUCAUAGGUGGUGAGUACAUGACAAUGUCCAGUGACAUGUCCAUCUCAAGUAACCAUUUUAUUUUUUAUUCUAGUGGAUCUUGAGGCAUUGUUCUUCUAAGUCUUCUUGUAGUCAUCUGGUUGUGGUCUAUUAGAUGUUUAGCAAGGUUAUGUGGAUAGGGUUCGAAUUUUUCAUGAUAAAAUUCAGCUCUAUGGUUAUUUUCCCGCCAUGAGAAACUCCUUUGCCCCUCUCGUAGUAGACUGACCACUCAAUUGUCCGCGGCUGCGCUUGACAGUUGGUAACCAUAUUUGGAAGCCGCGUAUGGUGACGCAGAGCAAGUGCCAUUGGGAAUCGCCGGAUCUAUUCAGUGGGUCGCGGUUACGAUUCGAUAAUAAAUAAAUAAAUAUUUACUAACAAUCACGCCACGUUAACUGGUCCCGUGAUAAGUUC